ACAGACAUAAACAAAGAGAUGAUUGAUCAGGUAUUGGAAUCAUUCACACAGGUUAACUUUAGUGAAACAUACUUCUUGGCAUCGAUUGCCGUGACGGUUGGUCUACCAACAUGGUGGAACAUCGUUGCCAGACAAGAGUACAACACACAUUUCCUCACACGUCUAUGUGGUGGACCAUACCGCGGCUGCUACUUCCUAGCCUUCCUUAUCUUUUCUUGCAGUCUUGUUCGUGAUUACAUGUUCAAGGAAGCGAUUACACAUCAGGCUAGAUUGGACUUGUUGGAUUGCGAAUUGGUUAGAUAUAUUGCUUAUGGAUUGUUUGCUGUUGGUGCUGUGUUUGUGCUGUCGUCAUACCUUAGACUUGGAAUCACUGGCACUUAUUUAGGCGACUACUUUGGCAUUUUGAUGAAGGAGCGCGUCACUGGAUUCCCCUUCAACGUCAUGUCAAACCCAAUGUACAAUGGAGCCACCAUGAUGUUCCUUGCCACUGCACUCUGGGAGUGCAGUCCUGCCGGAAUCAUCCUGGUGGGCGUCGUCUUUGUCGUCUAUCGCAUCGCUCUCAUCUUUGAAGAGGAUUUCACUCAUCACAUCUAUGCUAGUCAGGCUCAAAAGAAGAAGGCCACCGCCAAG